AGUUUGAACAAGCCGAGCAGGAAAGGAAGCUGUGGGCGCUCUAGCCUUCCUGUUUGAUCAACCUGGUCUCUUUCUGAGACUUCAUUUAUUCAUUUACUUUAUUGCGGGUUCCAGGCCGCCAUGGAGGAGGAAGAGGAGGAGGACACUCUUACGGAGCUGAAGGCCUUCACUACUGUGCAACCCCAGCCCAGGUUCCGAUCCCACAGCGAUACUUCGGGCUUCACCGCCAGAAUCCUGUGGCGGCUCAGAGGAGGUCGCACAGUUGAUGGUUUGGAGAAAUCGUCAUCACUGGCCAGCUGCGACAUGGUGGCGGACGGCGGUUCCGACGGCCACGGUGUGCCCGUCUCACGGCAGCAGCGAGGCAAGCUGUCCAGUCUAGGGAGACUCUUCAAACCCUGGAAAUGGAGGAAGAAGAAGAGCAGCGACAGAUUCCAGGAUCUCUCCAAAGUUUUGGAGAGAAAAAUCUCAACAAGACAAACGAGAGAGGAGCUCAUCAAGAAAGGAGUGCUCGUCUCCGAACAAGACGAGCCCGUCUGUAGGGAAAACCAGAAUGGUCAUGCCACAUCUAGCAUGUCACCGGAGCAGGUCAAAGUUGAGAUUGAAACUAAACUGACCCAACCUGCCGACCCGACUCCUGGUCCUGACAGCACAGAGGACAAAACAGUCUCAACCGUCCCUGUGACCCGCUCAGAGACACGCAACACUAAACCCGUCGCCCGGGCGACUCAGGCCCGACCGCGGGAAGCCCAAGCUCGAAAGCAUCACAGCGCCGCUGCGCCCGCCUCCUCCAAGCCUGCGGGUGGCGCCGCUGGCACGGCCAGGCACAGCAGGGAUGCUUCCUCUGGCGCUAAAAAGAGCACCAAAGCAGCCGGAAAGUCGGCCUCUGCGGCGCAAGCUAAAACUAACUCGCGGAGCUCUAACAACAGUAGUCGCGCCAUCGCCAAGUCCUCUCAUCCGAAGAAGACGCAAGGCAGUUCAGCCAAAGUCACCACGACCACCUCUCACCCCACCAUCCCCCCUCGCUCUCGUCUACCCAAGGACGCCGAAGCGCAGAGCACAGGCGCCGACACGCGGACCGGCCGGAAAGCCGAAGCUAAUUCUCAGAAGGCUUCUGCGGAGGUUCCCAGUCAGCCGGAGGAAGUCAACUCCUCCGAGGCUCACGGGAGCUCUGGUCAAGUUCCCCCCCCCGAAGUUGAGGAGGCUCCCGUCGGUUCCCAAGCCGCACCGGAGGACAAAGCCCCGUCGGCAGAAUCUUCGGCGAGCCAAGAAAACCCCGCAGAGGCGUCCCCCGUGCCCGCCGUCCACUCCCACCACGUCAACACUUCCACAGAGGACACUUCCUUCAGAGAAGGGGAUGCCCAGGGCGACGCCCAGCAGGAGAAAGAACUGAGGAUGGGAGGGGAGGGAGGAGAGGCGCAAGAGGAAAACGGAGAACCUGCUGAGGACACACAUUGCAGCAGCCCUGCUAAUGCGGACACCAUCAAGCCGCAGGGCCUCAGCGUGAGCAUCCACCAGAUCGAGGUGACGGUGAUCCCCGACCGGCCGAGCGAGAGCCAAGCCAGCGACUCGGACUCGGACGGACCCAUUCUGUACCGCGAUGACGAGGAGGAAGAGGAGGAGGACGAAUACCUCAACAGCUCUCUGGCCAGCAAAAUCCGGCGGCGGGACACCCUCAACAUCAAACUGGGCAACCGUCCCAGCAAGAGGGAGCUGGAGGAGAAAAAUAUACUGCCGCGCAGCUCCGAGACGGAGAGACACGAGCUCCGCCAGCAGAUCGGUUCCAAGCUCGUCAGGCGUUUGAGUCAAAGACCAACCACAGAGGAGCUGGAGCAACGGAACAUCCUCCGACAAAAGAACGAAGACGAGGAGCACGAGGCCAAGCAGGAGAUUAAACGAAAACUCUCCAGAAAGCUCAGCGUGCGGCCAACGGUAGCAGAGCUGAUCGCUCGGAGAAUCCUGCGUUUUAACGAGUACGUGGAAGUCACAGACGCCAAGGACUACGACCGGCGGGCCGACAAGCCCUGGACGCGACUCACACCUGCUGAUAAGGCGGCCAUCCGCAAGGAACUCAACGAGUUCAAGAGCAAGGAGAUGGAGGUGCACGAGAACAGCAAACAUUUUACCAGAUUCCACCGGCCUUAACGUGAACUGGACGUCAAGCAUCAAAAGAGGAAAAGUCCACCAGGCCAUCCUACCUGCUGCUGUUCUUCAGUCCGAGCGAGCGCUCUUCUACCCUCUUUGUACUUCCUCGCACCGUAACAACAAACACAGGUUUGUCUUAAGGGGCCGGGGCCCUUUGUGUGGCCCACCCGUGGAACUUUGUUGCACAUACUGUACCUAUACUCGGAAAAGUGGUGGCUCGUUAAGAGUGAUUUAUUUAUUACGGCGUGCGAAGAGGACUUGCUGGAAUAUGUUUUUUGUUUUUCUUGUCACUCUGAGAGGUGUAAAAUGGAGCGUUAUUACCGGUAUGAAUGUGGCUCAAGGGAACAAUAAUUUCAUCGCGAAACAUAUGAUACUGUAUGUUCCGACUGCCAACCGAUGGACCAUCAGGAGCUGUUGUCAUGUGAUGGGGCCACUAGAGGGCAUUAUGUCAUAAUCACAUUAGCCGCUUGCCUGGGAUGCCAUAGAGCCAAGUACCACGAGACCUCAGUUGAGUUAAAUAAGUGCUUCAAAAAAAAAAAUCCCUCAAGUGCUCAAAAUGUUCUUUCAAAUUUGCACUUUUUAAGCUUUCAAAUUUCUUUCAAUCCUUUUAGUUUUAUUCAUAGCUCGUCUUGGUGCCAAAAAGCUAUUAACCUUACAAAAAGCGGCACCAAAGCAGCUCGCCACCAACUAGCGUUCUUUUCCAUGACCAUUUCUGAAAACAUUUUUUAUUUCCAUCUAAUGUUUGCUCCCCCUGAGCAGUUUGGCCUCUAUUUCUAUCUAUCUAAGCGGCGGCUCGCUCAGUUGAAAACGUAUGCCAUGCAGUUUACAUCUUUAAAAUUGCUAUUUUUGAGUCUUUUUAUAACACGCUAUUAAAUGAGAGACCGCGGUAAGGAGGCAGACAUGGCGGCUAAGAUUUGGAUAAGAUUUGCAUAAUGCAUUAAAAAAAAGAAAAUCCUCAUUUUAUUGGCACUUUGUUGCAGUCCAAUGAAAUUAUCCUUAUUUUGUAAGUUUCUGCACGGGCCUUCUGGCUAUCUUCUAUCAAACACAUUAAAAAUCUAAAUUAUGUCUCUACGCUAUGCUGCUUGCAUCCCUAGAAUAAACAAUUGUCAAGUUACGAUGUGCUAUUAAAAGCGAGACGGCGGUCUGGAGGUGGACAUAGCCGCUAAAAUGAGUAUUUUUAGUAAAAAAUUUAAUUGUUAGCAUUAAGUUAACUAGCUUGUUCUGUCUUUUACGCUAGGCUAAGCAUAGCUAAAACCAAAGUUAGUUUUUCAACUUCAAAUUGUGAAUUACUAUAAGUAAAGCAAAAGUAUUAAAUGGUAAAGUGGCCUUCCGACUAUUUGCGUAGACAACCAAUAUCUGAUCAAUUAUUGUGCUUUUGCGUUUACAUGGAUUCCAAGAAUAAUUUCUCACCGCUUGAACAUAUUUGGCAUGAGCAAACCUCACCCAUGUGCAAACAAAUUCUUGAAUAUCUCAAAAGCAGUCAAAUACAAAGUUUCUGUCAUGUUCCGCUUGCGUCGUAGCGUUAUUAAACGUGAUUGACAGUCUCUUGCACAAAGGCGUGCGUGUGUGUGUGCGUGUGUGUGUGUUUUGUUGCUGCUUCAUUGUAUGUACACAUAACCUAAAAUCAUGUACAGUCUAACAGUAUUCUUUCUUUACCAUAUGUAUGAUGUACUGUAUAUUGAUUAUUUUGUACAGAAUGUAUAUGGAGCACGUGCAUACACAGAAUCAAUUUUAUGCCGCAAUACAGCUAUGGUGUAAAUGUUUUAAACUAUUCACAUGUUUGUCUUUCUUUAAUGGGGCUAAUGUGGUGCUGUUUGGUUGAUUAGCGCUCAAUUGCGUCUGAGUUACUCACUUUGGUUUAAGUUAAAGGACAAAGCCAUAAGCUCAAGCUCAACGUCCUUAACGGCCACUGUCGAUUAAACGGGCCAACAGCUUGUUAAAUCUCUUCCGCUUCAAGUGACCUUGUUAGCCAGCUCGCUGACGUUAGAGCGGUGGCGCGACCAGCAGAAAACGAGCGUGGGAUCGUUGUACAGUCGAGACUCCAAAGCGGAAUGUGAAUUCUAAGUGCAAAUUCCUUUUCACAUCGAAAGUAUUGAGAAGUUUUGUUUUUCUCAAACUAAGUUAACUUUUAAAUUGCAUUUUGAAUGUUUAUUAUCAUUUUCAUGAAUUUGGGGGGGUUUAAAAAAAUACCCAGGUGAUGAAACCAAGAAUGAUGAAUGUCAACGUAUCCGACAUCGUAAACACACUCACAUUGAAUUUACAGUGUCUAAGCAGUCCGUCUCCUCGGGGGAGUCAGCAGGGCCGUAAAAUACCCAACAGUAAAAUGAGUUUGGUUCUGAGAUGACAAGGUAGUUUCCACCCUGGAGGUGUCGGCCACAGUCAGGUCGUUAUCGCAAAUGAGAGAGCAAGCAAAUGAAUCGCUAAGCCGCUCUGAAGCUGAUUAGGAGUCACGACGUGUGGCGUGCUUCUUUUUGCACCGCUCCUCCUCAUUAUUUCUUGCAGAUGAAUGAAUAGUACUUUGCAGUUUUUACAAAGUGGCAGUCCUUUGUCUGUUUUUGUACAUGUAGCGGUCAGACAAUGCUAUAUUUAUAUUGCGUUUGUAUUUUCCCCUAUGUGCAUUCAUUGAAAAUAAAUUAUUUAUUUCAUUA